AAUUUUCCUCCAUCCAGGCUUAUGCGUGUGAAUGUGUGGAUGCGUGAGAGUUCAGUUCCAGGAUUUUUGGAAGGCACCGAAAGGAAAGAAGGUACCCAGAGCUUUCUCUGUGUACCUGCCUUCUGUGAGUAUUCCCAGACUCAGAGCCACACUGAAGAUAGAAAAUGCCUAAACGGAAAUGUGUCUUUACUGAAAAACUGAAGCAGAAAUAUCCUCAUUUUCGUAAAGGUAGAGAUGACUAUGAAGCAGAGUGCUUGGUUUGCAAAGCUGGCACGUUUGUGUCAGUGGCACAUAAAGGUGCCAGUGAUCUGGAGUAUCACAUGUCCUCUGAAAAGCACAAGAAAGCCCUUGGAGGAGACAGUUGGUCUGCAAAGCUGACUGAAUUUUUGGUGACUCCGGGAACGAAAGCAGAGGACGCUCUUGCUGCAGCCGACAGCACUCUGGCCUUGCAUACUAUCCCAAACUGCAACAGCUACAAAACAACAGGGCGUACAUCUGAGUUGUUCAGAAAAAUAUUCCCUGAUGCAGAGACAGCACAAAAGUUUUCCCACACCCGGACCAGGACAGAAGCUCUUGAGAACUCUGUGCUUGCCCAGCAUGCAGUCAGCAUUGACCUGAAGGCCCUGGAAGAAAGCGGCAUCCCUUUCUGUGGGGUGGCUAUAGACGACAGCAAUCACAGGGCCGUGAAAAUGGUCCCGGUGCUCAUCCAAUAUUACGACUACAGGAACGGCGGCUUGAAGACCAAACUGCUGGAACUUCAGGAAACGCCCACUGAGACGGCCGACGCCAUUUCGGACUAUCUCGUCAAAGCUCUUAAGAAACACGGAUUGCUCCAGAAAUGCAUGGCCUUUGCAGGGGACAACUGCAACACCAUGUUUGGUGAACUUCGGCAAGACGGGGAGGCGAGGACUGUGUUGGCCAAGUUGAGGAGAGCCCUCCAGAGAGAGACUUUGAUUGGGGUGUACUGCCCGGCCCACGUUUUGCACAACUGCAUCCACCACGGAGCAGACGCCCUGGAGGUGGACAUAGAGAACAUCGUCCUGAAGAUCUACCAGUACUUCCACAUAUACGCAGUGCGGACCGAGCCCCUGCAAGAGUACUGUGAGUUUGUGGAGGUGGAGUACAAACGGCUGCUCUCCCACAGCAAGACCCGGUGGCUGUCCUUGUUCCCGGGCAUCACAAAGCUGCUUCAGAUGCACUCGGCCUUGAAGUCCUUCUUCUUGGGCCAGAGCAACCCGCCCACCGUGCUCAGGAGCUUCUUUGAGCACGAGUUCAGCGAGCUCUACCUCUGGCACAUGCACUCGCUGAUGAACGCCUUCCACUUACACAUCGAAGAGAUGGAACGGGAAAACAACUCCAUCGUGGAAGUGAUGAGGACGCUGGACUCCGUGCACACCAUCCUGCUCGACCGAAGAGCUCAGAACUUCGUGUCCCUGACGGUGAAGGGGAUGCUUGCGGACAAGCGCAAGGAGGGGCUGGAGGCCGAAUGCGACGCCUUCUCCGAUGCAGUGCAUCGCCUCUACAGCAACUGCAUAGACUACCUGGAGAUGUGGAUGGCGUCUCUGCAGGAGUUCUCCUGCUUCGCCUGGAUGGCCCUAAGCGACACACCAAGCUGGGGUGACGUGGAAGCAUGUAUAACGUACUUAAUUGAAAAGGGUGUAGAGGUUGAUGACAUCAAGUGCUUUGAUCAGUUCAACAAUUUGAAAAAAUUUGUGGAAGCUUCCAGUGAUGAAGAAGAGUUUCAGCAUCUGCUUUCACAUCAAAAGUGGACCAAAUACUUCCUGAAGGCUAAAGUCAUUGAAUGCUAUUCAGAAUUGUUAAAAAUUGCCCAGUUCUUCUUCGCAAUUCCCUCCCACAGUGUAAAUAUGGAAUGGAGUGCUUCUUUUCGUUGAUACAAAGCCAGGAGGUCAAGGAAAGGACCUGCUUGAAAGGCCUACCAUUAACUGUUGGAAACAUUUUUGUGCAUGCUUUGCUCUAAAGAGACAUGCACAUGCACACCACAGAAAAAGACUAUUUGUCUUUUGGGGUGUACCAUCUGCACACAGUAGAUCUUUAGGGUAUCAUCUAUACUUUGAAGUAUCAGUUACAGUUGUUCUGUUUUGGUCUUUAACCUCAUUACUGACUCAGAAAUCUUUUCAUUGAAUCAGGUUUGGGAUUGAUAGCAAAAUUGAAGGGAAAAACAUUUUUUUCAAGUUACUUUUACUUUUGAAAGCAGUUUGCUAUGUCAUGAAGUUGGCAAGCUCACAGGCUAGCACAGAACAAGAUGUUCUGCAACCUGUGAUCUUCUGCCUGCUGUAAAGGUUUAAUAAGAUCUGAAAAAUACCAGUCUUUCAUGAGAUGAGAUUUCAAUCCAUUUCCAAGCUAGAGCUUUUAACUCCUUAACAGCUGCACUGAUGGAUAAAAACCCUUUAAGUUAUUUUACCAGUGAGUGCUUCCUUGAAAAGAGUUUGAAGGGGCUUUAGGGCAAGAAAACCCCCAUUUCCCCCCCCUCUUUUUGCCCCUGGAGAAAUCUGGCAAAAGCAACAGCCACAUCUGGCUUAGAAAGUCAAUUUCUGGUUUAUGAGCUAAAUAAUUAGCCAGAAGUUAUAGAACGCCCCUCAUUCAAAGAACAUCUGAGCAACUAAGCCAAGCAAGACAAAAUAGAGGCUACGGAU